UGCCUCCGCUUAAUUCCUAGACCGCUAGAAUACGGUCUCUCUCACGAUAAGAAUGCCGCUGAUAGGAGGUGCGGCAGUCACCUUCGCCGCUCCGGCGCUCACGCUCCGCCGACGCCGUCCGAUUCGGUGCGCCGUGACGGACGCCGCAACCGCGGAGGAGGCGGCGCUCCUCCGGCGGGCGGCGGAGGUGGCCGACCUCUCGGCGGGGCACACCUCGCCCCACCCUAACUUCGGGUGCGUGAUCGCAAGAUGCGGAGACGUGGUCGGAGAGGGCUUUCUCUACGCGCAGGGUACCAAGUGCGCGGAGCUCCAGGCCGUCGAGAAGGCCGGCGGCCUUGCUCGCGGCGCCACCGCCUACCUCAACAUGGAGCCCGGUGAUUGCUACUCCGAUCACACCGCCGUCUCCUCCCUCGUCCAGGCAGGAAUUUCAAGGGUUGUAAUUGGCCUUAGACAUCCACUCCAACAUCUACGAGGGAAAGCGAUACAAUCACUAAGAAGUGAAAGUGUUCAAGUUGAUGUUCUUGGGGAAGAUUUGCAGAGCAAGACCUUUGAGGAUGCUUUGAAGUCCUGCCUUAUGGUAAAUGCUCCAUUACUUUAUAGAGCUGCCUUUCGUGUUCCAUUUUCUGUUCUCAAGUAUGCUAUGACCUUGGACGGUAAAAUUGCAACUAUGAGUGGACAUGCUUCCUGGAUAAGUAGCAAGGUAUCUAGAGGUCGCGUAUUUGAGUUGCGUGGUAGAAGUGAUGCCAUCGUUGUAGGGGGGAAUACUGUGCGUCGUGAUGAUCCACAGCUAACUGCCAGACAUGGAGGAGGACAUGUUCCUGUAAGGAUUGUGAUGUCACGAACUCUAAAUCUUCCUGAUGAAGCAAAGCUCUGGAAUGUUACUGAAGCUUACACUAUAGUUACAACACAAAGAGGUGCUCGCAGAGAUUUGCAGAAAAAGCUUGCAAAAAAGGGUGUAGAAGUGGUGGAGUUUGAUAUUCUGAACUCUAGAGAUGUUAUGGAAUAUUGCUAUGACCGUGGGUACCUCUCGGUACUAUGGGAGUGCGGUGGGGCUCUUUCUGCACCUGCUAUUUCAUCCGGUGUCAUACAUAAGGUUUAUGCAUUUGUUGCACCAAAAAUUAUUGGGGGAGUAAAUGCUCCAUCCCCAGUUGGUGACUUAGGGAUGGUUCAAAUGACACAAGCAUUGAAUUUAAUUGAUGUCUCUUAUGAGCAAGUUGGACCAGACAUGCUUAUAAGUGGAUUUCUUCAGCCCAUUCCGGAUCUUUCACCUGUAAUCCCAUCAUCAGAUGAAAUUUCAGUCCUUGAUCCAACAGUUUCUCCAUUUGAUACAAAAAUUAUAUCCUUUUAUAAGACAUGGGAUCCAUAUGGAGCAUUCUCAAACUACUCCCCACAUCCUAUACAAAUGCCUGAUGAAAAUGGAAAUAACUUGACAUGGUCAACCAUGGAACACUAUUAUCAGGCACACAAGUUUGUGGGAGUUGAUAAUCCUCUCGCUAAAGAUGCCUUUGAACAGAUAAAGAUGGCAAAAAGCCCAGAGGAAGCAUCGCGGCUGGGAAGAAAAUUGCAGAGACAACACCCUGAAGUGGUUCGUGCUGACUGGGACUCUGCCAAGAUAGACAUCAUGUACGGGGCUCUCAAAUGCAAAUUCUCGACGUAUCCGCAUUUAGAAGCCAUGCUUUGCUCAACUGCAGGCUCUGUUCUCGUGGAAGCAUCACCCCAUGAUCUCUUCUGGGGCGGAGGCCGGGAGGGAGAGGGCCUAAAUUACUUGGGCAGGCUACUGAUGCAACUAAGAACAGAGAUCUUGGAAGAAAGCUCAAAAACAAGUGUUGUUUCUUAAACAAUCUCUUCUUGAUGGUGUAAGUUAUAGUGUGAAUGUACUUUUUGAUAUAGUAAUAAGUUUAGAGCUGUGUUACUUUUUUAAAGGAUCAUUUUAAUGUAAUAAAUUUCUGGAUAAUAGUUUUUGUUUUUUAUUGAUAAAAAAAUAUUAAUAUUUUUUUGAA